AUGCCGGAUACGAGACUUUGGAGCAUUCUCUUAUGUUGCCUCCUUUCGCUACAAGACUUCACGGUAGAAGCCAAAGGCCAAGAGAAGCAUGAUAUCCCACUCAUUGGAAACGGAAGUGUCUAUGCGAGCAAAUGCAAUGCCGCCAAACAGAGCUGGGUCAAGGCGUCGGGAAGCUCUUUCGUGUCGGAGACGACGUUCAACAGCACCUACGAGAUACGGGCGUCAAGUACAGUCUACACGACUUUGACGUAUCUGAGCAACAACGCAACAGCGGCAACUCCAUACACUCUCUGCGACGGCUACCCACGCAUCAAUGGCAGCAGAACAGUCACAUCAUCCUACGUGCCAUAUACGGUCACUUCAACGACACUCGAAACAACUUCGGUCUUCUCGACACUUCCAGCUCCAAACUGUACGAUCAACAGCAGUGACUGUGCUCAGCUGAAGCAGGCGUACGAAACGGAAAACGCGCGGUACUCUAGCUUUAUUUCUGCAAGCCCAGCUGCUUACACCGCUCCGCCUAGCGCGACAUCUCCGAUCUGUGGUCCUGCUACCUUGACCUCUUUCUCGUCAGCUGUGGACGAUGGAGUGUGUGUGAUGAAUAAAGCAUCAGUACAGUUGCUCUACUGGCCAGUAACAGUACCAUCAUCGUGUGACUCGUGCCACAGGAGCGACUGCCCGACCACUACUCCAGCACCGUCUGUGUCUGGGAAAGUAAACACUGCCGUGUGGCACAACAUCACUUUGACCAGCCCGACGGUGUACAUUGCCUUCGAAGGAUCCUGGUCUUUUACGAGCGAUGGAAAGGAUUAUACCGAGCCAGCUCAGCUUGUGAUUCCGCAAAGUGCCCACGCAGUGUCUAGCCUCUGCGGCAAGCCAGGCGGUGGCUAUGGACCGCCUCAGAAAGUCAACUAUGCCAACUUCAACUCGCCCGUGCCUGCGGAUGUCUAUCGAUGCCAGCCAAGCUGCUAUAGGAGUCCGCCGCCUUACCCACCAGUGCCUUAUACUGCUGCGCAAACGUAUACAUAUCCCAACAUGACAUCGAUAAUGACCGGCACGGGAACGACAUAUCUGAGCAUAGCACCCACCAAUCUCUGCUCGACGAUUUGGGACGACUAUUCACCAGUGCUGUCAAUACCAGAGGCCUUCAAGACGAUCAGACCAGCUGGAUACGUGGACUUCCUAGGACAAGACAGCAUCUGCCAAUUCGUCUUUGACGAGGACGCCGUUCUCUUCGACCCUCCAAUCGCGUUGACAGAGGCGCAAUCUGUCGUAAAGCCGACGUUGCCUGCCGACAACCCUGCUCAGCCUACUGCAGCGGAUACUUACACGACGCUACCAGCCGAGACAGGCCAGCCGAACAAGCCGACUCCUCCGCAGAAUCCUGCAACGCCGGGUGGAUAUACACCGCCUGUUCAACCGACCCCGCCACCUGGAGGUGGGAGGCUUGAGCAGACUGCGACCAAGCUGAACGUCGGAGGGUAUAUCGCAACAGGCCUCGGCUUGACGAUCCCCAACAACGGUGGGCAGAACAGUGGCGGCCCGAAUGAUGGAGGACAGAACAACGGCGAUGUGACGAUUGCUGUCGCGCCUGGUGGCCAAGGGCUGGUCAUCAAUGGCGCCACAACCACACUUGAUGCACAUUCACCUGGUAGGACGGGAUCUGGAGGAUCGUCGGAAUCUGCUGAAGUGGGAGUCAUCACAAUAGCAGGUCAACCAAGGACCUUCAUCAAGCAAGGUUCGCAAGUGAUCAUCGAUGGGCAAACCAUCAACCCAGGUGGAAGUGCUGUCGUCGGCGGGCAGACAGUGACCCUCGGCUCCGACGGUUCACACGUCGUGGUUGGCUCCGACGGCUCACACGUCGUGGUUGGCUCUAGCAGCGGUCAAACUACUGUCGAACUGAAGCCGACCGGGACCGCUUCUAUCAGUGGCGGGGACCGAACAGGCUACAUCACCGCUGCAGGCUCCACACUUGCAUACAGUGUCAUCGACGGUACAACACUGAUCGACGGCAAGACUCUGAAGCCAGAUAGCGCUGUGACGCUCACAUCGGCAAGGUCGUCGCACUCGACUACGAAGAUGAGCAACAGCCAGACGACGAGUACGGAAGAUAGACCUACGAGUACCACGUCGACUGGUGCGGUGGUGUCAAUGUUGAAUAUAUCAGACUGGCGAUGCCAGAUUGUACUUAUGCUGGGUUUUAUGGCGUUAUUGGCGGGAAUGUAA